UCCAUCGAGGAUCAGUCGAAUUGAACUGGCGCAGAUACAAAUUUUAAAGUGCAAAAAUUAUAUCCAAGGUGAGUUUGGGAAACACUCCUAGAUGGGUAAAGCCGGCACCUGGACAAAGGUCAUAUUUCGUACAUAUCAAAGAACAAUGCUGCACUCGAAUCUCUUGAGACUUGUGGCCCGCGGAGGGCCAAAGAGGUGGAUGAGCACCACGACCAAACUGACAUCGGUGGAGGUCAACGACAAGACCGGAAUCGCCACCCUCACAUUGAACCGGCCACCCGUGAACAGCCAAAACGUCCAGUUGCUGGUGGACCUGCAAUCGUCCAUCGGCGAAAUUGAGAGCAACAAGAGUCGCGGACUCAUUUUAACCUCCGCGUGCUCCAAUGUGUUUUCAGCCGGUCUGGACAUCCUCGAAAUGUACAAUACGGACGAGGAGCGCCUUAGAACCAUUUGGACCGAGCUGCAAAACGCCUGGAUUGCCCUGUACGGCAGCAGCUUGCCCACGGCUGCCGCCAUUAAUGGCCACGCACCUGCUGGAGGAUGCCUGCUGGCCACCGCCUGCGAGUAUCGGGUGAUGCUGCCAAAGCGCCUCAUCGGACUGAACGAAACCCAGCUGGGGAUCAUUGCGCCCAAAUGGCUGAUGUCCGGCUUCCUUAAUGUCUUACCUCAGCGCGUUGCCGAGCGUGCUCUUACCCAAGGUCGCCUGUUUACCACGGAAGAGGCACUGGCGGAAGGCCUGGUCGAUGAAAUCGCCAACACCAAGGAGGAGGCGCUGGAGAAGUGCGCUGCCUUUAUUGGAAGCUUUACCAAGGUGAAUCCUCUGGCUCGGUCGCUGACAAAGCUGCAGUUCCGGGCGGAGAAUAUUAAGGAGUUUGAGAAGAUACGCAAAAAGGAUGUGGAGGACUUUGUGGCCCUCGCCAGCCGUCCUGAGGUCCAGAAGGGUAUGGGCAUCUACCUUGAAAACCUGAAGAAGAAGAGCAAGAAGUAGAGCAGAGUCUCUAUGCAAUUGUAUAAUCAUUUUAUUAUUUCUACGUUUACUUAGUAAGCUAAUCAGAAAUGCAUUUAUUUAAUUUAAGAAGUUUAAAAUUAUUAUUGUUAUCCCACUAACUAUUUUUUGAUGAACUUAAUUAUUUUUAAAUUCCCGAUAUAAUUACCAGUCGUUUUUCCAACUUUGCCCAAUUAAAAUUAAUUUAAUAAUUAAAUUAACUAAUUUUAAUAAAUAAGGGCAACACGUAAAAAUCCCGAAAAUCUC